AUGGGGGCCGACGCCAGCCAGGGACAGCACCCGGACCCCACCAGUGCCCUGGCUGUCUGGGGACCAGACGCAGGAGCUGAGGGCGGCCGUGAUGGGGAGGCCUGGUGCACCCCAGCCCGCCAGGGGCCACUCUCUAGGAUGGGAGGCUCCAUGGGAGCCCGGGGCCUCGCCCUGCUGGCCCCCCCUCGACCCGGCCAGGGCCCUACACCUGUCGGCAGCCUCAAGUGGGGGCUGGCUGUGCUGGGGCUUGGUCGAGGAAACCCCGUGCACACCCAGCCCCGCUCAGACCACCUUGCUCCCGGGAGCCGCCCGCUGCCCCUGCUGCUCUUAGGAGCGGCACCUGCCGACCGGCACGCCCAGGCCCUGCAGUGGCCCUCCUCGGGCACCAGGCCCGUGGUGCGGCCGGACAGCAUUGAGCAGGCUCUGCUGGACAGGCCGCAGGCCUCCGAGAACCUUCGACAGGCUGAUGUGCCAUCCCGCUGGGUGGGGAGGGAGAACGCGGCGUGCCCGCUGGGAGAUGCGCCCCGGCUGGCAGAGGACGGCCCUGGAUGCAGUCUCCAAGGAGGCAGGCCGAUUUUAAUCACAGAGACUUCUGAAAAUGGAGGUUCCCAGCAGAGCCGGAUCUGGAACGCCAAAGGUCCAGUGGUCCUGCUCUUCAGUGGGUUCCCCCGACGACAAGGGCAGCAGAGCCCAAUGCUGUGCCCCCGGGCGGCGCCCUCGGCCGUCACCCACCGAGUCACUCGGGCCUCCGUGGGCUCCUCUCUGAAGCGGCUGGAGGCAGAUCCGCCCCGCAGAGCUGCGGACGCGGACAGACUUGCCCGGCAGGGUGCGACGACGCUCAUCGUGGCCGGCCUGUGCCCCCCGGGGCCCUCGGGACCCCCGCCACCCCUGCUGCCCAAGCCAGGCAAGGACAACCUUCGUCUGCAGAAACUUCUGAGGAAGGCUGCCCGGAAGAAGAUGACCGGGGGCGGGGCCCCCGUGCCACUGGGGGCUUUCCGCACCUCCCUGUCCCCUGUGAGUGAGGCCAGCCACGACCAGGAGCCAACGGCCCCGCGCCCCGCGGAGGGCCCGCGCUCCGUGCCCGCCCUGCCCCGCUCCCCCCACCCCUCCGUCAUCCAGCACGUGGCAUCGCCUCUGCAGACGUCCACAGCCCCCUUCAGCUUCACUCAGCACAGGAGCCUGGCUGCCCACUUCAAGGCCACGGGGCUCCGGCUCACGACGCCGGCCCUGCACCCCACCCGGUCCCCCAGCGGCUUCACGCAGGUCUCGGCCCCCACAGCAGGGGCCACCCACGUCAGCCAGGUACACAUCCGGCUCGUGCCGUCCCCACGGGCCAGGACCCCAGAGCCCUGCCAGACAGCCCCAGAUGGGGGGCCUGGUGGGCAGGACCGGGACACGGUCCCGUACCCUCCUGGGGCCCAGCCCCCGGCCCCCGCGGCCCACAUCCGCCCUCUGCCCGCAGAGGCCCAGACUGCCGGUCCUUGCCCUGAGGCUCCCCCUCCUCAGUGCCCUGGCCCUGAGGCCUUGGUGCCCAGAGAGGGCAGCACUCGGCUUGUGGUGCCCAUAGUCCCCACCUACCGCUCACCGGGACCCUCGCCUCACAGGCCGGCCUCAGCUGAGCCCGUGGAGAAGCCCCCUGUGGCUGGCCCUGCCGCAGAGGCCGAGCAGGUCUCCAGUCCCCGGGCGGCCUCGUCCCCGUCCCCGCCCUCAGGCCCGCACCCAUACCCUGUCCCCAAAGUUGCACCGAGGCCCCGGCUCAGCGGCUGGACGCGCCUGAAGAAGCAGCUGAUGGAGGAGGCGGAAACAUCCCCAUGCCCGGGGCCAGAGCAGAGCCCAGAGGGCAGGGGGCAAGAGGUGACAGCCCCCGCCCUCCCAGCGUCCCGGCCCCCAGCCUCCCGGGCCUCCAGGAUGUGGGACGCGGUGCUGUAUCGCAUGUCCGUGGCCAAGUCCCAAGGCAGCCCGGCUGGGCCCAGGGAUGGGGCUUGUACCCUGGCCGGCCUGGGCCGCCUGCCCUUCCUGUGCAGGCCGCGAUUCAACGCCCGGAAGCUGCAGGAGGCAGCCGCCCGGCCGCCCCCUAUAGUCCACUCCGUCGUGGACCUAAACCCCAAGCCAAAGAACUUCAACCGGACGGCAGCUGGCUGGAAGCUCCAGUGA